AUGGUGAACCACCGGCUGCUCAAGGAGUACAAGGAGCUCGCCAAGCAGAACGACCCAGAAAUCUCGCUAUCGCUGGCCGACGAGGCCGAUAUCAACGGGUGGGAGGCGCGCGGCACACGAGGGCUGCGUGGCCCCGCCGGCACGCCCUACGAGGGGGGGACCUUUGAGAUUCGGCUCACGUGA